CCCGGCUCCGACCCGUUUCUUCCAGAUCGGCCCAGCCAACACCAACAAUUUCGGAUUCCUCCUCUCCCUCUCCUCUCCACGGAAUCAAGCAAAGCAACCAACCGGCCGCCGCUCCCGCGCGCCGCAGGAAGGCAGGCGGGCAUGGCCGUGGCGUGCGCGCCUUUCGCGGCGGGCGGGUGGGAGGCCGGCCCCGGGCUCGCGCUCGGUGGCCUGUUCACGGAGGCGGAGCUGGCGGCGGCGGACCUGCUCGUGCAGCUCAGCGGCAGCGGCGGCGGGGGCGACGAGGCGGCGUCGGAGUCGGGAUCGCCGCGGUCGGUGAACACGUGCGCGGGCGCCGCGGCGUGGGAGGAGGAGGAGGAGGCGGGUGGUCUCGAGCUGGACAGGAGGGCGAGGAAGAGGUACCGCCUGGUGUCGGAGCUCUACGGCGCCACCAGGCCCGUGGCCUGCGCCGGCGCGGGCAGCGCCAGGAAGAGGAAGCGGCGUCACGGGCCGCCGGCGGAGGCGGAGAUGACGAUGAGGUACGGAGAUCAGAGCUUUCUAGGCUUCUAGGGGGUAGACAGGAGAGGGAGAUGGAGGACGGGGACGGCGGGAGGUGGGAGGAAGGGCUUGUCUGUAAUUACUAAAGACUUCUAGAGUCUGUUUUGCAAUGUCGGUCCUUUUGCUUUUCAAAGCAGGAAGAGAAGAAGAAGAAGAAGGGGAACGGGGGAACCAGGAACAAGACAAGAAAAGUUAAGCAAAGCUUGUACAGAAAGUUGGUAGUGAUGCUACUACGUUUUGAAUUCGAAUUUUGAAUCUGAACUGGGCCACAGCAAGAUAAUAUUCCCAGAUCCUGAAAUGAAGUCCCCCCAACUUUUUGGUA